AUGUCUCCAACUUAUAACUCAAACGAAAAUUUAGAAUUGAUUCAAGUUACAGAUAAAGAUCUCAUAGAUUUUACUAGGACUCAAAACAGUUUGGCAUGGAAAGGAAUAUUAUCAUCUAAGGAUUAUGUAUUGAGAGAAAUAGUAUUAGGUAAAUCGAAAAUUGCAAGUGAAGGAGAUAAUAAUUUAUAUGUUUUUCAAUUGAAAGAUGUUAAUACCGACAAACCAAAAUGUUCAAUCGAAUUGCUUGUAAGACAAAGUUUGAGGUUCCAGUAUAAUGAAUCUACAAAAAAAGUAGAAACCAAAAAUAUUAUGAGUGGAACAAUUGGAGCUGUAUUUACACCACCUGAAAAUAGAGGAAAGGGUUAUGCAAGAAUUAUGGUUGAUAAAUUGGUUGAUAUUGCUAAAAAUCAAUAUUUGACCGACGAUGGAUAUAUAUUUUUAUAUUCGGAAGUUGGUGAAUUUUAUAGUAAAAAUGGAUUCAAAACAUUUGGGAUUGAUUUGAUAAAAAUUGAUUUUGACCAAGAUUUGGAAUUCAAAAUAGACUCAAAAAUUAAACAUGAAACAAUUGCAUUCCAUCAAUUUGAAGAAUUAAUGGAGAAAUAUAAAUUCAAAUUUAUAUCUGAAAUAGAAUCAGAAGUAGCCAAAGAUCAUAAAACACGCGUGUCAAUUGAUCCUACAUCACAUUUAAUAGAUUGGUUUCAUUUGAGAUCUAAAUUUGUUACGCAUAGGACAUUUGAGUCAUCAGAAGAAUUAAAACAAGAUGAAUUUGAUUUUCAAAAUGAAUCAUAUGAUGCAAUUCGUGAGAAAUUUGAAAAAUCACAACCAGAAAUAUUUGGUAUUAAAACAUUUGACUCAAAUAAUGAUGUUAAUGGUUUUAUAGUAUGGACUAUUGAUUGGUCUGAGAAUAAAUUACAAAACAAUGCAACUAUUUUAAAGAUAGUGGCCUUCGAUGACGACGAAGAUAUCAGAAUAAAUUUAGUCAAACUAACCUUUCAAUAUUUGAAAAACAAUUCAAUUUAUGGUAAGACUACCUCAACUUUGUGCAUUUGGGAGUCUGAAGUCUCAAGCAAUUUGAAAGAGUAUUUAGUGGGACACUUUAAAGCUAAAUCAGGCUUGGAAAACCCGUCAAUUUCUGCUAUUUUAAUGUGUGAUCCAAAAGAGGAUAAAGAAUUAAAAGAUGGUAAAUUAAUUUGGGAAGAAAAUACCAAGUUGCCAUGGUUUUGA